UUUCUGUUUUGUUGACCGGCAUGGCUACCACUCGUCUUUCGCUUUCCCAGCAGAUUGCCCAGCUAGAAGUUACUGCUCCAGACUUUGAUCCUGAGGACAUUCAACCUGCCGUAGAAGACGACGACGUGCAGGAUAUAAAUCCUGCAGCUAGGGAACAUUAUCUGGAUGUGGGCCCGAGCUCGUUGCGGAAGCAACAGGAUAGUAUUCUGGACCCCAAAUAUGACUCGGUUCGGACUUCAAGGAAACAGCUGAUGGAAGAAAGCUCUCAGGAUGAGGACGAAGGUGAGGAGGAGGAUGAAGAGGAGGAGAGCUCUGUCCAGGGUGACGACGAGGAUGAAGUCGAGAACGAGGAACCGGUCCAUGGCGGAGACGACACAUUCGAGAAGAAAAAUGCAUUACCUGGAUCCGACAAUCAAAAGCACACUGACCAGGAUGAUUUGUCGUCUACACUAAAGCGAGGUCGGGAGCAAGAUCGGAAGAAGGGCGCUGCAGUCGCCCAACAAUUGUCUAUAUGGAAUUCUUUACUGAAUGCCCGGAUCCGUCUACAAAAGUCAGUCAACGCCGCCAACAGAUUACCACCGCCUAGUGAUGAAGGGUUCGUUGGGGAUCAGAACUCAUUAACCAACAUGCUUCAUGAGGCAGCGUUGUUGUCCGAAGAUCUUUUCGACCUGCAGCAGACAAUGUUAAAUCUCGAGUCAAUCAGCCCUCAGCCUCGUAAGCGACGGAGACUCUCGUCUGACGAUAGUUUGCAAGAGUAUGAGGCGUACAUAUGCGAAGCAACCAAAGCGUCGUCCGAUGCUGAGCAUGCGUAUCAUCGUCACGCUUUGCAAAUUCUUUCAAAGUGGUCUUCUAAGAUACAGGCUGUCGCACCAUCUGUCCUACUUCCAUCAAAUCGCAAUGCAUUUUCGAAGAAUUCUGAGAAUUCGAAAACAGUCGUUCAGUUGAUUGACGAAAACUUGGCCGACGGGAAUAAGAUGCUUGCGAGAACUCAGAUAUGGCGGGGCAGGGCUGAGCGACUAGGAAGAGUGCUCGACGGUCAAAAUGAGGAGGAGCAAGAGCACGACCCUGAAAUCUUCGACGACACAGACUUAUAUCAACAGUUGCUCCGGGAUGUCAUAGAUGCUGAGAAGAACGGAGCAGAUGAUUGGCUAGUCGUGCAAAAGCAAAAGAAGGCGAAGAAAAAAGUUGAUACUAAGGCAAGUAAAGGGAGGAAGAUACGAUACGAAGUGCAUGAGAAACUGCAAAACUUCAUGGUACCUGUCACCAUCAAUGGUGCAUGGCAUGACCAGCAAAUCGAUGAGCUCUUUGGGUCACUUCUUGGUGUAGGAUUUGAAAAUGCUUUGGACCGUCAUAGAGAGGAAAACGGUGGUAUUGACUUACGGCAUGAUGCAGAGGGUAUCUCGGAGAGUGGUUUCAGAGUUUUUGGGUAAAAGUUUUUUUGGAUAGAAUAAGGCUGGUUGAACAGUUAGUACUGGGAGAAAUCAGUUCUCAUUUUGGAGCCGAUCGUAAUAUAACAUGGCCAAACAUUGCAUCCCUU